AUGAUAUCGUCAUUGUUAGUCAAGUUAACAGUAUUAGCUGCAAUCAUUGGUGUUGCCUAUUCAGUAGGUAUUUAUGAACAAUGUGCUGGUGAAGGCUACCCAACACUACCUUGUGAUGCUGGUUUGACAUGUUUUCGUCGAAAUAAAUGGUUUUCAUCAUGUCAACAUAGUUGCCCAUUGAAUCUUGGUUGGGAAUGUGAAACAUAUAUUACAUUAGCACCAACAUAUGCUGCUGGAUGGUCUCAAUGUGGAGGUGACGGUUGGGCUGGUCCACGAGUAUGUCCAGCUGGUUACGUGUGCUAUGCACGAAGUGUUUAUUAUUCUCAAUGUCGUCCAGUAGGUGAUUGCCCAUCAGAUUGGGCAUGUGCUCCAUUAUUUCAAACAACACCAAUCCCUACUACUACUGUUCCUGUUCCAGUCACUUUAUCUGCCUAUUCAAAAUGUAACAAUGUUGGAUAUGCUGUCUGUCCACUUGGAACAGCAUGUUUUCGAAAUAAUCAUUUGUAUUCUGAAUGUCGUCCAUCAUGCCCACCAACAUGGGCCUGUGAAACAGAUGUCGUUGGACUAAAUGAACAAUGUGGAGGUGAAGGUUAUGUUGGUUUAACACGUUGUGCAGCAGGUCUUCGUUGCUAUGCACGUAGCGUAUGGUACGCACAUUGUGCAGCAUCAUGUCCAGCUCCUGAUUGGCUUUGUUGGCAAAAAUAA